AUGGUCCUUGGAUGUGGUUCCAGUGAAGGUGACAUGGUGCCGCCCAACAUCUUUAAUCAGAGCCGGAGCCACAAUUCGGAUGGCUAUGUGAAGCUGCUGGAGACUGUGGUCAAACUCUGGCUUGAGAAAUUUGCUGCUGGAAGGUCAUAUGUGUGGCUGCAGGAUUCGGCACCUUGCCAUCCCACUGAAAAGAGUCAGAAGUGGUUGUCAGAGAAUGUCUAUGACUUGACCAGCCCAAAUUUCUGGCCUUCUAAUUCUCCCGAUUGUUAUCCCACGAAUAAAGACACCAAUCUCUCUGCUUGCAACAUCUGCUGGCCAAGUGCAAGAUUGGUCUGUAAUGAAAACACUACACCAACAAGGAAUGGCACUUUCUAUUGGCCAAUGACAAAAAUAGGGACUAAUGUGACGAUCCCAUGCCAUGCAAAUGUAGCGACGAGACGCUGUUCCUCCAGACAGGCGGCACAUUCCGAAAAGGCAACAAUUCAACAUAUGACAUCACCAAAGUGUUCACCAUUCACUGGUGUCUGGCAAGAACCAGACAUGUCCCAGUGUUACAAUACAGAGAGGAUCACUCAACAACUAAAGAAUAUCACAAAUGAAGACAUCGAUAAAGAAAAUGUUGAGGAGGUUUCAAAAGCCCUCCGCAUCAUUUCAGAGAAAUCGGUGUAUUUCAAAGCAGAAGAUAUUGACUUGGCUGUAGACAUUCAAGAGAAAAUGGUGCCAUUGAUAUCGAAUGUGUCCGCCAAUAUAACACUGAAUAACAUACUUCUUAGUAUCAACGAUAUGAUAGACACACCGGAAGAGAUUUUGGUUGAAGCAGAACAAUCAAAGAGAACUGGGAAAAGAAUGCUGGACAUUAUAGAAGCAAUCCGGAAGAGAUUCCACUGGAAGAGCAGCAACUCACAGUUUAUAUUCAUAAUAUGGUAUUGGUGUUAUCAAAGUGGAUAA